AUGUCGAAUAAAAAUCUUCAAGUCAAAUUGGUCUUUUGGCAAAGCGAUCAACACAGAACACCUAUUACUGAUACGUCUCCUGCUACUCUCAGGAAUUCCAUAAUAAGACUAUGGACGCCUCGAAUACAGUCCUGGAUCUUCGAAGGAUUCGCUUUGAUCCUAGAUUCUGUCAAUGGACACCUCCAAAUAUGUCUCACAAUCCGACACAUGGAACUCGGAACCAAUGACGAAGGGGUAGAGAACGCCAUCUCAGCUUUGUGCCAAUACAUUUUCCUAGAUAGUUCGGUGACGGCGCUAGAUACCAUCCUGACCAACAACAACCUCAUCAUGGGACCGUUCUCAGAGACCACCAUGACAGCCACUGAUCGCAUCUUUGGACGCUCUUACUCUUUCGAGAACCUCAAGCAACUCGGAGGCUUCGAGGCCCUUAUGCAGAAAGCUGCUCAGAGACCCGGCCCCGGCAUACUCCGCAAUCCUACCAAGUGGAUCCAUGCUCCUUUGUACGCUGGACUUUGUGUUACACACCUUCUCACGUUUCUCGACUAUCCGCUUGAGAUGUUCACCGACCACGUGAAUACACAGGCUGAGUCGGAUGAUGAACAAGAUCAAGAGCUACUAAACAUUGUACGGCAUAUAGCGAAUUUCGCGAGGGUCCUCACAUCGAUGGCUCCGAAAGCACGUGGCCAGAUCGAAAAGCAACUUGCUAUGUUGGACUCCACCAAAAAAAAGGCACUUUUAAAAGAGAAAGCAAUGAAUCUUGGAAGUGGAGUCAUGUUACUUGAGGAAAUUGUGGGAAGACUAGCGGGUGAUUCAGGGGGCCGCAACCCAGAUGUUCUGGAGACUCGCCAGCUUUGCAGCAUCGUAACCAGAAUGAUGUGUGCUAACGAAUCUCUACACGAUGCGGCCCUCAUAUACCACGACAGCUGCGUGGCCGACAAAACGAAGAAUGCUGCUUUCACUGUAGGUAGCCUCGGCGUGCUUGCAGUUUCGGGUGGUCUAUUGGCGUUCCCGCCCGCUGGUGCAGCGGUUGCUCUUGUAUCCUUCACUGGGUUUUGUGGUAGCUUGAUCUCCACUGGUAUUUUUGCGCAAAAUACGGUUGUCAGUGGAAAAGCUUUGCAUAGGAGCCGGAACCUCAAGCCUGUGAUGCGUCGGAUCUACCUCUCACUCACGUCUUGUCGGCUUUUCCUUCUUCUGAUACUGUCCAGAGUCCUGCCAUGCCUAGAUCGUGGGUCUGAUCAGUAUCAACAGUUCAGAUCCAUGUUCGGCACAAAAUUAGACAUUGAAAUGGACCUGUUAGAUAAACCUGGAUAUCUGUUUGACAAUGUUGAACUCAUGGUAAAUCAUAUCACUGACGCCUUUGGACAACUUCAACACGAGAUCAUCCAAUAA